AGUUGGUGGCUCCAGCCAACGUUUUGGUGCCUAGCUUCCGACCCCAGCCCGCUGCUGCUGCUGCUGCUGCUGCCUGCUCUCUGCCUACUGCUGACCUGAGAGAAGAGCUCCUCAGGGGCAAAGCCAUGGCUCAAGCACCCGUUGUUCUGGCCCCGUGCCCAAGCGCCCUCGGGCCUUUAGAUCCAGCUCAGAUUGAGCAGCUCAUUCGCAAGAGCCAAGAAGCCAAGGAGUUUGCCUACUGUCCCUACAGUAACUUCCCAGUGGGGGCAGCUCUCCUGACUCUGGACGGGAAGAUUUUUUCAGGAUGCAACGUAGAAAAUGCUUCCUACCCAGUAGGCACCUGUGCAGAACGCACUGCCAUUCACAAGGCCAUCUCAGAAGGAUACAAAGAGUUCCGGGCCAUUGCUGUUACCACUAAUGUGAAAGAUGACUUUGUCGCACCAUGUGGAGCCUGUAGACAAGUGAUGAGAGAGUUUGGAAAACAUUGGUAUGUCUACUUAACAAAAGCAGAUGGUACGUAUCAAGUCAAGAUGGUCCAUGAACUACUGCCUGGAUCGUUUGGACCGGAGGACCUGCAAAAGAACUAGUGAACCAUGAUGAUGGAACUGUCCAACUGAGAGCCUUUUCAACCACCUGGGAGAAGAUUCACUCUCAGUACUGUACAGUAGGAUCAUCCCCAGAGCAUUCUUGAUAGGAAUCAACCCCAGUGCUUACAGGGUCCUAAGCAUUGGCUGCUUCCGCAUUUCCUGUUCAGUCUAGGGACCUCUUUGCCAUUUAUAUUUGAAGUGCCUUGAACGUGCUAUAUAGUGAUAAUGGAAAGAACACCAGCCUGGGAGUCAAGAGACCUGUGUUGUAUUCCCAGCUCUGCCUCUAACUUCUUGUGUGACUUUACAGUAGUCAUUCGGCCUCUCUAGGCCUUUUUCCUUUUCUGUCAAAUCAGAAUGUUGGCCUAAAUCAGGGGGUUUUAAACUUGUAUAUGUCCUGGACCCCUUGUAUGUGUUAAGGUCCAUCCUUUGUGUUACGGCUCAGCUCUAACAUUCUAUGUUCUCCAGUUUCUACUGUUCUCGGACCCUCCCUAGAAACUGUAGCCUUCAUUGAAACCAGGUGCCAAUCAGAAAUCCAAGAUCUUUCUCCCUGUCUCCACCUUCCAUUGUGGAUGGGGUUAUGAAGUAAUACAAAAGAAUUAUCCAGUUACUAUAUUAAUUCUGCUUAGCUGGAACCAAAAUAAUCGCCCUUUGGUGGCCAACCUUCUGAUGACUUUAGUUGGAACUAUGGGGGCCAAAGUCACUGUGUAUUCAUGGCUUGAGUCCAGCUUCCUCUCUGGAUGCUGUACCUCAUAUUCAAUGAGGACCAUCCCACUCACACCAAAGCCAAAACUAGAAGAAGGUGUGGCUCCUCCCCAAUUGUCACUCAAACAACCCAAGAUGUCACACAACAACAUACAGCUCUGACACUUAGGUGACAAAUGUCAGAGCUGUAUGUCCUUUUUGGGUUGGGGUGUGUGUGUGUUAUAAUUUGCAUUGUCUUACACUGGUCCCAUCCAAGGCCAAGCUUGAGAGGAAGAUGGUCCUCCAUGGUCCUAGUAACAGUGCUACUGUGCUGACCUAUCACUGCCUCAGUUUAUCCUCUGGUUAUCUUGACCUAUCCUCUGCUGAUUCUGCAUUGUAGGGGGUUUUUUAUGUCCAUCUUCUUCCUGUAGCAUCUGGCUAAUUUCAUGUACCAGCCCCAAGGACCAAGGACUACCUAACUUUUUCAUCUGUCAUUUCUUUUCCUGAAUCCUUGGUAUAAUAUACUUAGAGUGUUACAUUCAUAAAGUUAAUGAAUUACUGUAAAUAUCAGAGCGGCCUCCACCAGCCUCUGCUCAUAACAGCCCAUACCCAGUUUAACCACUUGGUCACCAUAAUACUCCCCCUCUCUUAACAAAUCCAACAGAAUAGAGAUAAUCAACAAGUAAGACAAGCCAGCAAGCCUUUAUUAAGUGCCUACUAUGUGCCAGGCACUGUGCUAAGGGCUGAGGAUAUAAAGAAAGACAAAAAACAAUCCCUGCCUUCAAGGAGCUUCCAGUCUAAGGAAGGGGAGACAACAUAGAAUUAUAUACAAUCAAGAUAAGAUGGGAUAAAUAGCUGGUAGUCUCAGUCUCAUGGAGGACUAGGGUAGGGACCUGUGAUUUCAUUGCUAUAGUGAACAUUCAGAUAAGGAAAUUCCUUCUACCAAGGUAGGUCAGCCCUUUCUCUGCAACUUUAUAGUGUCAGAGAGUAGUUGGGGCAUUGAGGGGUUAAGGGAUUUGCUCAGGCUUCCACCACCAGUAUGUGUCAGAGACAAGCCUUAAAUUCAGAUCAUCCUGGCUUCAAGGCUAGAUCCCUAUCAACUACACAGCUACAUAGACUGUACACAAGAAACAUAGUACAUGGUCUUGAG